AUGGUUCCUCAGUACCAAUACCCUGGAAUUUACUAUAGUUCUGGUCCCUCCAAUUCCGUUCCCGUCUAUCAGAAUAAUGGUCCUGCAUAUGCGAUGAAUAUGAAUCCCGCCGGUCCAGUUACAGUUACUCAGAUGGGACCUGUAGGACCCAUAGGAAUGACCCAAAUGGUGCAGAUGACUCAGAUGAACCAGAUGGUUUCCGCUGGUCAGGUGGCUCAAAUGACUCCCAUAGGAUCAGCCUGUGCAAUGGGUCCUGCAGGAGUAUCUCCAUCAUUGAUGCAAUCAGUACAGGUUAUUCCUUCCGUAUUCCAUGGCCCCAGCCAGAGCGCUGGUACUGUGUAUCAUUCAUCUGCCGUUUACAAGAGACUCAAACCUUCAACGGCUUCUGCCGCUGCUUCUACCGACUCUGUAGUAAACGGAAUGCGUCCACAAGGAAGACCUUUCUCCUCUAAUAUCACAGGAAGAUUCCUUCUUCAUGAUGAUAUGACAGCUUUACUUCUUUACAUGAACAAGAAGAACACCCAAAGACUCGCCGUCUAUGAUUUCACUUCGGCCACGGACUUCAAAAUGUCCAACGGAAAUGGCGGCCCUAUUACUUCUCUUACCUCCACUUCUUCGGCUCCAAAAAAAUCAGUUUUUUGCAAGUUUGAAGAUAUCGGUGUUGAGGCAUUCACAUCUAACGAUCUGUUGGGAUCUCUGGACAGUUUUUUCGGUGUUAGACAUCAAGCCAUUAAAGUACUAAACGAAACAGGUUUACCAAAAUCUCCUUCUCAGCGUACGAUUACUCACCAUCCUCCUAUACAUUCCGCGAACUCCAAUGCUUUCAAUCGCAACAAUAACUCCAGUGAAAACUCUGUCAGUUCUUCGAACCCUCCAUCGUCUGUCUCCAGUGUUAAAUCGGAGAAUUCUUUUUCAUUCCAGGAGACAAGCAAAUGUUCUGCUCAUGCCCUUAACUUCAUUUUGAACGAUAAGGCUGGUUGCCAUUCUCCUAUGGACAGUAAAACUGACAGAACGGGCGCUACUGGUAUGGCUGUUUCUGACAGUCUCAAAACAAAUCCUAACUUUCACAGAUAUAUAGUCGAUGCCUUCGGUAUUGAGGAAUAUCAGUUCAUUAAAGCCAUCAGAGAUAGCAAUGGUCAUAUUCUUAAAUUGGAAUCAGUUCUUCCUCCUCGCAACAAUGAAAAUAAGAUCGAAUAUUCUGCCGAAUGGGUGAAAAGAACCAUCUGCUACCCUCGUUACAAAGGAGGUAUGAAGAUACACCUUAUCUGUGAUAGCCAGAGCUUCAUUCUUUACAACGAUUUGAAGAUGAUGCUUUGGGAUGCUAAGCAGGAGGAUAGAGCUAUUACUAGGGAUGCCACUCAGCAGUCUACUCGGCUAGAGCCAGCCGUUAGAAACUCUCUUUUCGGAGGCAGAAUGGUUUAUGUGAGGAUUAUUUGA